CCAAGGCCAAGGUCAAACAUGAAGUGUGGAUUGAAGGUGUGAAGUGUGUAGACAUGUGAAGUGUCAAGCUUGCAGUGCUAGAGGAGACAUGGAGCGGUGGACACUCUUCACUCUUCUAUGUGUAUUCUCCUUUGUAGGAACGACAAACUGUUCGCCAUUCUUCUUCCCCGAGCCGGACUGCUACCAGCCUACAGAGGCUCCUUAUGACUACCAAGUACCUGACUACCAAGAGACUCUGCAGGGGAUACUGAGGGCACUUCAGGAGAUUGUCUACAUCACAGUACAAUCGGCCAAGGAGGAGCUGGACGAGCUGACGAGGUUGUGGCUCCCAACCUGCGACACCCCGUACCCAGGGUCCGGCGGGGAAGCGAUCCAAGAAGGCGAAGGAGCCUGGGUCCAAGAAAGUUCCACACAAAAUUCCGUAAAUGACGAAAAGAAUGAGGUGUCUUCAUCAGGCAACGGAAUCAAAGACAGUUCAAAUUCUUCAUCUUCCAGCGUUAGUGAGAGCGUCAUAAAUGGAACCAGAACAAAGAUCACUAUCACUAAUAAUACGGUUGUCCACAAACAAACUGUUGGAGGUUUAAGUGGAAAUAAUAUUACAUUGGUUACCGAUAAUCCAAGUACUAAAUAUGUUGAGGAGACUACGGAAUCUUCUACUUUGUCUAAUACAGUGUAAUUGUUAAAGUUUAAAUAUUUCCUUUAUAAUGUUAGUAUCCAACUGUAAAUAGUGUACAUAUAUUUUUAAUUUCCAUUUAAAAUAAA